AUAAAUGCCCAUGUCAGCACGUGAAUAAUUAUAGUUGUCAAUCUUUUGAUUAAAAAGCAAAUUUUCAGUAUAUUUUAUUAUCAAAGUAGAAUGAAUUCACGGCUGGAGAUCAAAAUAAAUCAUGUAAAUCCCAGCACCGGGCUUAUAAUAGCCUUGCACCCGUUAGUAAUAAUGAACAUAUCAGAACAUUGGACACGAAUUAAAGCGCAAGAAAAUAAUCCUUUACAAGUCAUUGGUGCAAUAAUUGGCAAACAAAUCGAAAGAAAUAUUUGCAUACUUAAUUCCUUCGAAAUUAGAUAUGAUUUGAUUAAUGGUAUUGUGGUUGAUAAAGAUUAUCUAAAAUUUAAAGAAUCUCAUUGUAUUUUCUUUUGCUUAUUAUUAUUAUAUGAUUUAAUAGUUAAAGAAGUUUUUUCUGAAUUAGAAUUUUUAGGAUGGUAUACUGUGGGAAAUGAGACAUUAAUAACUGAUAUUUCAAUUCAUAGACAAAUAUGUGAUUUAUAUGAAAACCCUAUAAUGAUGAAAAUGAUUAUUGAUACAAAAAUUAAUGAUCUACCAAUAACUAUGUAUGAAUCAAUAAUUGAUUUUGAAAAUGGCAAGGCACAAAUGAUUUUUAGAGAGUUAUCAUAUUCAUUAGCCACUGAAGAAGCUGAAAGAGUUGGUCUUGAACAUAUUGCAAAUACAAAUUUAUGUUUUGGAGAAAUUUCACAAGAUUCACUAGUAAACAAUCAGUUGAUUGCGCAGCAAAACGCGAUUAAAAUGCUUAAUUCCAGAUUACUUGUGGUCAUCAAUUAUUUGAAAGAUGUGCAAAAUGACAAGUUUCCAAAAAAAUAUGAAUUACUACGGGAAGCUAGCAGCUUAUUGAAUCGGUUACCUAUAUAUAAAGAUCCAAAUUAUGAUAAGGAAUACCUUAAUGAAAAUAACGAUGUGGCCUUGUUAACUUAUCUUGGAGAAAUGACUAAAACAUGUGAUACUAUAAAUCAGUUCGUUAACAAAUUCAACUGCCUUCAAGACAAACAAGCUGCAUCCAGAAGAAUAAGAGGAGGAUUGAUAUGCUAGCAUUAGCAUAUGAUAAGACCUGGGAUCCGCUCAAUGGAAACAACAUUAAAUCAUAAACUACUCGAUAAAUCUAAAUAAAUAAUAUCUCAUUUUAUUUCACAUACUUUUUGCAUAAAAAAAUUAUUUUAAAAAAGCUAUUAUAUUUUGGUUCAUAUUUAUUUCUCUAUAAUAGCAAAAUUGUCAUUAUUUAAUUUACCAGUAUAAAUAAUGUUAGUUUUUAAUUAUCGAAAACCUCGAUUUAUUCACUAGCGUUCAGGGUAAGAUCUCGCAAAGGAAAUAAUACAAUCUUUUAAAAAAUUAUUAUAUUCGUUUACAAAUUUUCUGGUGACCUAAAGGAAUAUUUAUAUUUGAAACUAAGCAUAAGGAUAGAAAUAUGUGGAUCCAAUCGACUUUAUAGUUCUAUUUAGUAUUUAAAAAAUUUUUAACUUAGUUAUUGUCGCAGUUAUACAAUAAAAUACUGCGAAGAAUAAUAUUUCUUUUUUAAUAAACGUCAAUCAAUACAUUUUUUGUAUUAUUUUUAAUCUAUUUUUUUAUAAAAUAAAUAUAUUAUAUUAUUCUUGGAAUUGAAAAAUAAAAAUAUCAUCUGAAGUUAGUUGUGUAUUUUGGGGGUCCGUAUAAGUUUUGCACAGUGGCGUAUACAGGAUUUUCCUAUAGGGGGAAAAAAACUAAUGCUGGCCUUCAGCCAGCUUUUUCCCCACCUUCAGCCUGGUCAAUCUUUGAGCUAUUCUUUUAAAUUAUUCAUAAUUCAUUAAUACUUAUAAUAAUAUUUUUAGCUUUUAUUUACU